UACAACGGGGAUUGAGGAGAGUAGUGGGCACGGCGAAGGUGAGCGAAGACGGGAAAAUAAAUAAUAUUAAAAGGAGUACCCGGCAAGAAAGAAUAGUAGUGCCUCGCAAACGAAUAACAAUCCCCGGUAUUUGCUUUCUAGAAUAAGAAUGUAUCCUUCACGAGGAAACACAUAAAAACCAUGAACCCGCUUUUGCACGCUGCUGUUACCUCUUCAUAGGUGACAAUUAAGUAUAAAAUUACAAAAAAAAAAAGAAAAACGGGUAGGACAGCUGCUUCUUACGCACAAAGAGAGAAUAUCCGACCAGCAUGGAUGUUAGUACAGCAAUAAAAAUUAGCUAGCGCUGUAAACCAUCAGAGCAGAUUCAAGGGCAGAAAAUAAGAAGAUCGACUAGAACCUGUCAAGAAGCAUGGAUUUUAGUGUGCUUCGGAAUCUCAUCAGCAGAUAUUGUGCUGGAGAAGAGAACUGGGUGGACAACAGGACAGUGUACGUCGGUCACCGACAGCCUCCCCCUGGAGCAGAGGCAUACAUCCCUCAAAGAUACCCUGACAACAGGAUUGUCUCCUCCAAGUAUACCUUCUGGAAUUUUGUACCGAAGAAUCUCUUUGAGCAGUUCAGGAGAAUAGCAAAUUUCUACUUCCUCAUCAUAUUUCUUGUUCAGCUCAUCAUCGACACACCCACAAGUCCCAUCACCAGCGGACUGCCCCUCUUCUUCGUCAUCACUGUCACUGCCAUCAAACAGGGCUAUGAGGACUGGCUCCGGCACAAAGCAGACAAUGCCAUCAACCAGUGUCCCGUCCACAUCAUCCAGCAAGGCAAGGUGGUAAGGAAGCAGAGCCGCAAGCUUCGGGUGGGUGACAUUGUCCUGGUGAAGGAGGAUGAGACAUUCCCCUGCGACCUCAUCCUCCUGUCCACCAGUCGGGAGGAUGGCACCAGUUUUGUCACAACAGCCAGCUUGGACGGGGAAUCCAGUCACAAGACCUACUAUGCUGUGCAGGACACAAAGGCCUUUAACAUGGAGCAGGAGGUGGACACCUUGCAGGCCACUAUCGAAUGUGAACAACCGCAGCCUGACCUAUACAAAUUUGUUGGCCGGAUCAACAUUUAUCGGGACAGAAAUGAGCCCACUGUGAGGCCGUUAGGAGCAGAAAACCUUCUUCUCCGUGGUGCGACGCUGAAAAACACAGAAUACAUUUACGCUGUUGCCAUAUAUACAGGCAUGGAGACCAAGAUGGCCCUCAACUACCAGUCUAAAUCACAGAAACGCUCUGCUGUGGAAAAGUCCAUGAAUGCCUACUUGAUUGUUUACCUGUGCAUCCUGAUCAGCAAGGCCCUAAUCAACACUGCAUUGAAGUACUUGUGGCAGGCAGACCCUAACCGGGAUGAGCCCUGGUACAACCAGAAAACAGAAGUGGAACGGCAGCGGCAUGUGCUGAUCAGAGCCUUCACGGACUUCCUGGCCUUCAUGGUGCUUUUCAACUACAUCAUCCCUGUGUCCAUGUACGUCACCGUGGAGAUGCAGAAGUUCCUAGGGUCCUACUUCAUCACCUGGGACGACGAGAUGUUUGACGAGGAGCUGGGUGAGGGGGCGCUGGUCAACACGUCUGACCUCAAUGAAGAACUGGGACAGGUGGAGUAUGUCUUCACAGAUAAGACGGGAACUCUGACAGAAAACAACAUGGAGUUCAUUGAGUGCUGUGUGGACGGCCAUGUCUAUGUUCCUCAUGCCAUCUGCAACGGGCAGAUCCUGCCCAGUGCAUCCGGCAUCGACAUGAUCGACUCCUCACCUGGAGAGGGUGGGAAGGAGCAGGAGGAACUCUUCUUCCGGGCUCUCUGCCUCUGUCACACUGUGCAGGUGAAAGAGGAGGAGACGGUCGACAGCAUCAAGAGGGGAAUCCACCAGGGCAAAGCCACCUCCUUCUACAUCUCCUCAUCCCCCGACGAGGUGGCCCUGGUAGAGGGCAUGAAGAGACUGGGCUUCACCUACCUGCGUCUGAAGGACAGCCACAUGGAAAUCCUUAACAGGGAAGAUGAGAUGGAGAGGUUCGAACUGCUGGAGGUGCUGAACUUUGAUUCCGUCCGGAGGAGAAUGAGUGUGAUUGUACGAUCCAGCUCAGGGGAGUACUAUCUGUUCUGCAAAGGCGCCGACUCCUCCAUCUUCCCCAGGGUGAUCUCAGGCAAGGUGGAUCAGAUCCGGGCACGGGUGGAGCACAAUGCUGUGGAGGGCUUACGGACGCUUUGUGUGGCCUACAAGACGCUGACUCAGACAGAGUAUGAGGAAGUCUGUCACCGGCUCAGCAGUGCCAAGCUGGCCCUGCAGGACCGGGACAAGCGGCUAGCAGAGGCCUACGACAUCAUCGAGAGGGACUUCAUUCUGUUGGGCGCCACAGCCGUGGAGGACAGGCUGCAGGACAACGCGGCAGACACCAUCGAAUCACUGCACAAGGCGGGGAUAAAGGUGUGGGUCCUGACGGGGGACAAGAUGGAGACGGCGGCCGCCACCUGCUACGCCAGCAAGCUGUUCCGCCGCAGCACGCAGAUCCUGGAGCUCACUACCAAGCGCACGGAGGAGCAGAGCUUGCACGACGUGCUGUUCGACCUCAGCCGGACCGUCCUGAGGCAGCGCGGCGGCAUGACCCGCGACACCUUCUCGAGCCUCUCUAACAACUUCCAUGACUAUGGACUGAUCAUCGAUGGGGCCACGCUGUCCGCAGUGAUGAAGCCGGCCCAGGGUGACAGCUCGGGGAACUACAAGGAGAUCUUCCUGGAGAUCUGCCGCAACUGUAGCGCCGUGCUCUGCUGCCGCAUGGCACCCCUGCAGAAAGCUCAGAUUGUAAAACUAAUCAAGACCUCAAAGGAGCGCCCCAUCACCCUGGCCAUCGGGGAUGGAGCAAAUGAUGUCAGCAUGAUCCUGGAGGCCCAUGUGGGCAUUGGCAUUAUGGGUAAAGAGGGUCGUCAGGCUGCCAGGAAUAGUGACUAUGCAAUUCCGAAAUUCAAACACUUGAAGAAGAUGCUGCUGGUUCACGGUCACUACUACUACAUUAGAAUCUCUGAGCUGGUGCAGUACUUCUUCUACAAGAAUGUCUGUUUCAUCUUCCCCCAGUUCCUGUACCAGUUCUUCUGUGGCUUCUCACAGCAGCCCCUGUAUGACACAGCAUAUCUCACCCUGUACAAUAUCAGCUUCACCUCUCUGCCCAUCCUGCUGUACAGCCUCAUGGAGCAGCACAUCAAUAUGGAUAUCCUGAAGAGAGACCCAUCCCUGUACAGGGACAUUGCAAAGAACUCCCUCCUGCGCUGGCGGAUUUUUAUCUACUGGACGUUCCUGGGGGUGUUUGACGCGGUCGUGUUCUUCUUUGGUGCUUACUUCCUGUUCGACAACACCACCUUUACCAGCAAUGGACAGCUAAUGACUACCAACACGCAAAUGAUGUUUGGGAACUGGACUUUUGGGACUCUGGUCUUCACUGUGUUGGUUUUUACAGUGACACUAAAGCUCGCCUUGGACACGCACUACUGGACAUGGAUCAAUCACUUUGUCAUCUGGGGGUCAUUACUUUUCUAUGUGAUUUUCUCUCUGCUAUGGGGAGGCAUAAUUUGGCCUUUCCUGAACUACCAGAGGAUGUACUACGUGUUCAUGCAGAUGCUGUCCAGCGGGCCGGCCUGGCUGAGCAUCAUCCUGCUCAUCACGGUCAGCUUGUUGCCGGACGUGGUCAAGAAGGUCCUCUUCAGGGCCCUGUGGCCAACCACCACUGAGCGCAUCCAGAAUGCCGAUAAGCUGUACCAGGGAAACCUGUCGGAAUUUCCUCCCCUGUCCACUCUGCACGCUCCCGAACGCAAGAGAGACAACACCCCCAACGGCAACCCUAGAAGAACAAACUGGUGUUGCCUCUGUGCAAAUCUCUUGUCGAGGAAUACACCAUAGGAUGCUGUUGUCUUAUCUGCUUUCAUUGUAAGUGGCCAGGCCAAGCCAGUGGACUCCCCAUGCUAGACCGUUCUGAAUAGGUGCUAUGUGUUUGCGUACAUGCUUGUGUGCUUCUGUGAGCCCCUUUAGUUAGAGUAGAAAGUUGUGCUUUGACUGGAUUGCCAGGUGAAGAACAUGAUUAAAUCCCUUUACUCUUUGUUUUGUACCUGUUGAUUGACAAUGCCCAGCACACUAAGUUGUUAUUCAAAACAGGGUACAUAUGGUUAACAGAGGGUCAUAGGGUCAACAAAACUGUAAAUAUAUACUAUUUUACUUUUAUUUUGUUUCCAAUUCCUUAGAUUAAGUUGAAAAGUUUGUUUUAAAUGGCCAAAUCACUAAAUUCCAAAGUUAUCAGUGAUCAUAUCUGACAUGAAUAUUUUUCAUCACGCUCUGCAUGUAGUGGACACUGAUAAAAUGAUCAGCUUUAUUCCAGAGGUUGAAGCUGAAAGAGCCUUACAUUGUUAAUGUAGUACACUCAAUAAUGUAUCUUAUACACACUGCACUGCUUAAUAAUGCAUCCUACACUCACAGCACACCUCCUGCAGCUUUCUUUGGACCGUUGAAAGGCUGGUAACAAAUUGAGAUUGUCCGGCCUUUCAGGAUUCUACAGUUUUUGAUUUGUGUCACCAUGGCAGCCAGAGUGUUGUUGUGUGACGUGCUUCUGUGUUCUGCAAUCCCAGUGAGUGUCUCUGACCCUGGCUGCAUCAAGCUGGAUGUCUCAAGCAAAGUAGUAGCAAAGUGUGUCUGCAAAUUUCUAGUCUGCCUUAAUGCUACAUUGUUUUGUUUGUAUUAUACAGUAGUUUGGAGCCAAAGGAUGACAAACACUUGUGUUUGAGCCUUAUACUGGAAGUGGUAGAGUGAAAGUGUUGUAGGCCCAAAUCAUCAUGCCUUAAUCAAUCUGCUUCCUCAUCAGCAAAUACGUACAGUGUGCAGUACACUCACAUUGGAAUGAGGGGUGUUACAGCAUAGCUGAGCAUCGUGUGACAUCCGAUUAUUGUGGAGUGUAGAGAGGUUCAGGUCCACAUUGUUUCCAUGACUCUGGCCCAGAUUCAGAUUCAGAUGUAAUAUCCAUGCAUGUUGUCCAAAACUUUUAGUAACAAAUUGAGUCAAAUGUUAUAUUAUUUAGGGGUAGAUGUGAUUGGGCUACAUAAAUGUGGUGUUGUUAUUAAAUAAAUCACUUUUGACAGAAUUUGUUACUCAAAAAGCUAUGUGCAAAACAUGUAAUGGUCAGAUUUAAUCUCACCCUCUGUAUCAUCCAUCACCACAUUUCCUGUUCUGCCAUUGCCUAUGUGUUCAUAUAGUCCACUAAAUUUCUCAUUAAAAAGGUUCAUUUCUGAAUAUUUUACACAUUCUCAGAAGCAUGCUUUUACCAGUAUGAGACUACCUCUAUGUAAUUCAUUACUCAGUGUUCUGUCAUAGUUUCUGAGCUAUUUCCACAUUUCCCCAAAACCUGAUUGAAUUGAAUUCAUAAAAAUACUCUUUACAGACUGCAUCAGCUAUGAUACUGCAGCUGACCUUCCUCAUGCUAUGUAAAAAUAGAUAUAGCUGCAUAUUUACUGAAGCAAUUCUGGCUAAAUACACAGCUCAAGGGUACAGCAGCUUUAUCUCAUCUGAGAAUUGAGCAGUUGGUUGCAAACCUAGGUUCUAAAGCAACACACCUAUACAGGAAGAUGAACUCUGAAAAAGAAAUACAGAAUCUAUUUGGACUGCAGCAUAACGGCUUGUAUUUCUAGAAUGUAUUUUUUUUUUACUUUAUUAGAUUAUCUACAGUGUCUUUUCCCAGUGUUUGUUUCUGAUCAUGCCCACAUGGUAUAAGCUGUUAAACUAUGAGGCCGUGACCCUGCAGUCUCAUUUCAAAUCUCUCAUACAUAUUGAGUCCUCCUCACCAGUAACAGCAGCUCUUGGAGUCUGUCUAUGAGUCACUCUGUCAUGUUUACCCUUUUUUUUUCUUUUUCUCUCAUUCACUCCCCUCCUUAAAUAAGCAUCGCUUGUGAGGAUCAGAUUGCAUGGCUGUCAAGCCAUCUGUCCUCACCAAACUCACUACCUCCCCUCAUCUGCUCACUCAUGCCUCCUGCUGGCAUAGUGCAGCUACAGCACAAGAGAAUGUACAACAGAGUCAGGGAAAUAUGGAUGGCUGCACCUCGAAGACCAGGGUUUUUUGUAGACAUUCUUAGUGGCUUAAGAGAAGGUGCCUUGUGGUACUGUCCGUGUUGUGGCCAUUAAGUGAGAUGCUUAGAAGUUGCUUUGCUUCUUUGUCAUUUGUAAAAUGAAUUUUUAGAGAGAGAAUCUAUAUGAAUAUAGCUAUCAGUUGUGAUGUAUGAACCCUUUUUAUGUCUGUGAUGGUGUCAGUAUCUUUGUCUGGCUGAGAUGUGUCACAGCUUUUCCAGAGCUUAGAGAGCUUAUAAUUUGCGUAAGUAAACACCUAAUUUUUUUUUGUUUGCAAGUCUUGUAAGUUCCACUAAAAUUUGUUUAGAGAAUAUGAAAGGUGUGUCCAUGUUCAAGACUUAAAUCAUGUGAA